UCUCUUUUAAAACAGGCUUUUAGGCUUGCCUGGGAAGUGAAUGUUGAAACUCACUUGCAGUGCUUCCAUUUGCAAAGCUACUCCCUAAGGCUACAUUAGCCUGGGACCAGAUUCACAACUCCAAACAAUCAGAAUUGCUUAGCACCUUCUGUGGAUAAAAAAGUGCUACAAUUUUUUAUACCUCAAUUUUCAGCCCAAGGAUUUCUGCACCUUUUCUAGCUUGAAGCUUUCCCUGAGACCCAUCUAAAAUAAACUGACCAAAAUAAAUCUUAAUGUUUAAUGAUCCUUUAGCUUUGAAGGAUUUAUAGAAGAAUCAGGAUAUCAUCCCUGCUCAUUUAUGCUACCAUCUCCAUACAGUUUGGAAAGUGCUUUCCUGCUUGUUAUUUCAUCUCCACAAUACUCCCAUGAAGUAUUCCCGUUUUACCAGUAAAGACAUUAAGAACCCAGAGAAGCGGCGACCGGAGGCGACCGGUGGUGGGCAUUGCGUCCGGCGGAGAGGGCCGCCGCCAGGUGUGCAACAGAGGAACAUGGCUCAAGAAACUAAUCACAGCCAAGUGCCUAUGCUUUGUUCCACUGGCUGCGGAUUUUAUGGAAACCCUCGCACAAAUGGCAUGUGUUCCAAAUGCUACAAAGAACAUCUUCAAAGACAGAACAGUGGUAAUGGUAGAAUAAGCCCACUUGCGACUUCUGUCAGUAGUCUGUCUGAGUCUUUACCAGUUCAGUGCACAGAAGGCUGUGUCCCAGAAGCUCAGUCAGCCUUAGACUCUACGUCUUCACCUGUGCAGCCAAGCCCUGUAUCAAAUCAGUCACUUUUAUCAGAAUCGGUAGCACCUUCCCAAGUGGACAGUACAUCUGUGGACAAAGCAAUACCUGAAACAGAAGACCUGCAAGCUUCAGUAUCAGAGACGGCACAGCAGCCAUCUGAAGAGCAAAGCAAGUCUCUUGAAAAACCAAAACAGAAAAAGAAUCGCUGUUUCAUGUGCAGGAAGAAAGUGGGACUGACUGGGUUUGAAUGCCGUGGUGGAAAUGUUUACUGUGGUGUACGCCGUUACUCAGACGUGCACAAUUGCUCUUACAAUUACAAAGCUGAUGCUGCUGAGAAAAUCAGAAAAGAAAAUCCGGUAGUUGUUGGUGAAAAGAUCCAGAAGAUUUGAACUCCUGCUGGAAUACAAAAUCCUUUGAGCAUCUGCAAACUAAAAGUUGACUUGAGGUUUUUUUUCCUAUAGUCAUUGGGAAUGUAGAGCAUUGUAUCUUGCAUAGACCUUUUAAUCAUGCAUGUCAUCAGAAGAAUAGAUUUUUGUUUUUGUUUUGAAAAUGACUCUGAACUUUUAUUUCCAUUGCAGUUUCUGUGGCUGAAAAGAUUUUAAGUAAACUUCACAAGUAUUAUCCUUUUAAGAUCAUUUUAAUUUUAGUUGAGUGCAGAGGGCUUUUAUAACAAACGUGGAGAAAUUUUGGAGGGCUGUGAUUUUUUUUUUUCCAGUAUUAAACAUGCAUGCGUUAAUCUUGCAGUUUAUUUUCUCAUGGUGUAUGUAUAUAUAGCUUUUCUCUGCAGCACGAUUUCUCUUUUGAUAAUGCCCUCUAGGGCACAACUAGUUAUCAGUAACUGAAUGUAUCUUAAUCAUUAUGGCUGCUUCUGUUUUUUCAUUAACAAAGGUUAUACAUAUGUUAGCAUAUAGUUUCUUUGCACCCACUAUUUAUGUCUGAAUCAUUCGUCACAGGAGAGUGUGUGCUGAUGAGAUUCUAAGUUUGUGUGUUUUUAAAUUUUUUUGAGCGAGGGAAGGAAAAGCUGUAUGCAUUUCUUUGCUGACUGCAGUUUUCUUUCAGAUUACGUUCUCCCGUCUGUGUGUAUACAAUAUGAAGAAUGACCUGAAGUAAUUUGUGCUGUAUUUAUGUUUAUUCACCAGUCUUUGAUUAAAUAAAAAGGAAAACCA